AUGGCGAUGUGUAAUUACGAUGAAGGAACGCUUGCAUUGGAAGCGGGUAUCGAAGAUCCGAUGAUGCAAGCCAUAAAGAUCAAGUACGAACUCAUCGGACUGGCCGUGACGAGACAUGGUCCACUGAACGCCGUAUUUGAGAUUGCGACAGCAGAGGCGUCGGCAGCAGAGGCCUACAGAGAGGACCAUGCCUCUCUCGAGGUCAUCGUUGACGAUUUCGGUGCCAAGAUUGGUCGCAGAAGAACGGCUGAAGAACUCCACAUCGGGCUCACCGAAUGGAAUAGAAUGAGCGAGAAGCCCGCUCACUUGCGAUGGGCAUGGGACUCACCUGGUGGACAGUUCCGUGAAUGA